GCUCAACAGAUAAAAUUGGCUGCUUAGCUUGGAGAUGACACCUGGAUAUGGUGGUAGAGUACAGUAAGUAGACACAGUCAGCUCAGCUAUCACACAACUGAAAGUCAAGUAACUAAAAGUGUGUCGGAAACUAUAAUUAGAAGAAUUUCCGAAUAUGGUGGACACAUUAUUAUUGGGUCCCACCUUCUCCAACACUACUCCUCUACCCCUCACAAUCACAUUCCCAACUUCCAACAAAAUCCUCUUUUCUUCUUCUUCAAUGGCUUCCUUCCCAAUUCCACCUUCUCCCAAUCGCCAUCACCGUCGCUGUUACUCUAACCCUAACCUUCCUCAACCACAACCCGCUUUACUCGUCUUUUCCGGUGGAACCGCCUUCAACGGCGUCGUUGAAGAUCUUAAGAAUUUUACCACCCGUGUCGCUCAUGUUCUUCCCGUUUCCGACGACGGUGGUAGCACCGCAGAGAUCGUUCGUGUCCUUGGUGGUCCUGCUGUUGGAGAUAUACGUUCUAGGUGUUUGAGAUUGUCUGAUCAAAGUACAGCUGAGGCUCUUGCGGUUCGAAAUUUGCUUGGUCAUCGGUUACCACUUGAACCUUUGCAAGCUAAAUCAGAAUGGUACUCUAUUGUGGAAGGUGAUCACGUUUUAUGGAAAGGUGUAUCGAAACCAUAUAGGGAGACCAUUCGAUCUUUUCUGGUUUAUUUCCAAAAUCAGAUUCUCUGCCGGUCUGAAGGAUCAUUUUGUUUCAGCAAUGGCAGCAUUGGAAAUUUCUUUUUUGCAGGAGCGCGUAUAUUUUUUCAGUCCUUGGAUGCAGCAAUAUUUUUGUUUUCAAGAGUUUCUGAUAUUCCCCCUGAAAGCCUUGUUCUCCCUGUGAUUUCAACCAAUGACAGACUUACGUUAGGGUGUGAAUUACGGGAUGGAACUAUUAUACGGGGACAAAAUGAAAUUUCUCAUCCAUCGAGUGGAACAAUGGGACCUGUUAAGAAGGAAAGCUUUUCGGCUCCAGCUCUUCCUUCAAAAAUAAAACGGGUGUUCUACAUGUCAAGUGAGGGAAAAAAUUUGCUCCAUGAGGUCUUUCCAUUACCUAAUGCUGCUGUAUUAGAACAACUAUACAAUGUAGAUUGCGUUGUGUAUGGCAUGGGCUCCCUUUUUACGUCAAUCUGCCCGUCGUUGGUAUUACUGGGGAUUGGGGAGAUUAUUUCUUCACGGUCCUGCCUCAAGGUACUUAUGUUAAAUGGCACAAAUGACCGGGAGACUAAUGGGUUUUCAGCUUCUUGUUUUGUAACUGCUAUUACCGAUGCUCUAAAUCGAACGUAUGGAGAACCUUGCAACCGCUUACAGAAUCUUCCUAGUCAAUAUAUCAAUACCCUUUUGGUGCCAAGAAACAGUAAAAUCUCUGUUGAUGUUGAUUGUUUGUCUGCCCAAGGAAUAUUUGAUGUGAUAGUUGUUGACUCCCUGCUUGAUCCUAAAGUCGGUAUAAUAUAUGACCCGAAAUCACUGAUUAGAGCUCUUGCUGACGUAAUAGAGAGAUACAUGAAGUCGCAGGUUAAUGGCUUAAUUGAUACCAGAUGAUAAUGAGGGGCUAAUCUAAUUAUAACCACAAUAUUGACUGCUGAAUCACACUUUUGCAGUCUGUUCAUCACAAUAUACAUGGUAAAUUGGUCUAUAUAUUCCCUCCCAUCCAACUACAGGAAUCAUAGAUUGGUGUAUCAAUCAAAAGUUCUCUUAUUUAUGUGAAAAAUAUUUGAUUUUGUUAGGACGAUCUAGUUGACGAUAAACAAAGACUUGUUGGAGUGCUGUUGUAUUAUAAGAAUAGAGAACAAAACAAUCUCUAGUUGUUGUUGUGUAUAUUAAUUUUUGUGUGUAUAUAUCUAAUUAGCUUUGUGUCA